CUUUCCCCUUGGGGCCCAGUCUGCCCCAGUCCUGCCUGAACCUUAGGAGGAGUUGGAGUGGCUGGCGCCAGCCCUGCACCUUAUCAAAUUGAACUGGUCUCAACUCCUGUGCAUGCCUGUCGCUCUGGAAAUGGCGCUGCUUCUCCUUCUCUUUGGGGGCUUCUGGGUCCAGGUGGUGAGCAAAGAGUCUCUGGUGAACAUGACGCAUGCCACAAGACGAUCCUCUGCUUCUCCAGUCGCAGGUACCUUUGAAGUCGCAGGUACCCAGAGCUUCAAAUCAAAUAUCUCCGCCAUGCCAAUAACAAGUGACCCUAAGGAGGCCCAUAGCGCUGGAAGCCUGGUCUCAAACCCACCCUCCUCAACUACCUUUACAACCAGUGACGUGACCCACCCUCAGACUUUCACUGACGCCAGCACUGGGCCCCCUGUACCUGAGCCAACACCAUCCCAGGAAGUGUCCACUGAGAAGUCAUCAGUACUCCCCCAAACCUCUAAUGCAACUAGUGACCCUUCGGUCACUGACGCAGUGAAGUCUUCGGGAAACCCCACUGUGACACGUGAAAACAUGACAUUUGACUCUCUGGACACCUCCAAUGUGACUAAUAAGCUCCCUGUCGUCAUGACAACUAGUUCUCUGGAGACCUCCAAAGAAACCAGCGGACCCCCUGUCACCAUAGCAACUAGCUCUCUGGAACCUUCCAAUGAGACCAGUGGACCCCCUGUCACCAUGACAAGCAGCUCUCUGGAACCCUCCAAUGAGACCAGUGGACUCCCUGUCACCAUGGCAACUAUCUCUCUGGAACCUUCCAAUGAAACCAAGGGACACUCUGUCACCAUGACAACCAGCUCUCUGGGGACCUCCACUGUGACCAAAGGACCCCCAGUGACUAGCAUAAAAACCUCUGCAUCUACUACCUCCCAGUCCUCUAUAAGCAUAAGCACAAGCUCCCCACAAAAAUCAGGGUCGAAUAGCAUGCUGCUGGUACCUGUGCUUGUGGCCCUGCUGGUGGCCAUAGUCUUCCUGGCCCUGCUCCUGCUGUGGCGCCGGCGACAGAAGAGGCGAACCGGGGUCCUGAUGCUGAACACAGGUGGAAAGCGCAAUGGAGUGGUGGAUGCCUGGGCUGGGCCAGCCAGGGUCCCUGAUGAGGAGGCCACAACCACUCCAGGGGGAGGGGCUGGGGGCAACAAAGACUCUAGGGUCCUUGAGACGGAGGCGUCUGGCCAGCGGCCCUUGCUCACCACUUUCUUCAGCAGACGGAAGUCUCGCCAGGGCUCCUUGGUGCUGGAGGAACUAAAGUCUGGGUCAGGUUCCAACACAAAGGGGGAAGAGGAGCCACUGGUGGGCAGUGAGGAUGAGGCGGUGGAAGCCCCCACUUCCAAUGGGCCAGAAGUGGGGGAUGGGGCUGCACGAUCAAGUUUGUAAAUAAUGCAAUUCUGAGGGUCCCUGCCAUCUGCCAUCCCCUCCUCCCUUAGCAUCGCUUCCAACCCCUUCCUCACCCAGCACACUCACUCAGCACCCUCUGGGUUCUUGCCCAGCGUCUUGACUCAGAAUUGCACCUACCUUCUCAACCCCGAGCCUCCCGCCAGCAUUGUUACCCAGUGCCACAUCUGUCACCUGGGCCGGGGCGCACCUGCAGAAUAGAAUGUUUGUGAACGGAAAGACUCAGCCUUCUCAUUGACCUCCGCUUCCCCACCGCUUCCCCAUUAUUUUCUGUUCUUGGAACCAGCUGCUGAGUCUCCAUGAUGCCAACCUUCACUUGAUUUCUCAAAGGAUCUCUCUUGAGGACAUUGGACAAGGAAAUGACAAUCCCCCAAAUUCCUUAGGAUUAAACUUUGUAGAUGACCCAAGUCCCUCAAGUAGGACGGUCCUGCUGGGCCAGCCCAGGACCUGCAUUCACUCUGGGACUGGGCAGGGCUAUCCAGCUGUGUCCUCUGUGACAUUUCCCAGAGCACUGGACUCUGGGCUGGCCCAUAGCCCAAGCCAUGACCCUGUCCCCGACUUAUGGACUGAAGCGGCCAGUGACUUCAUUAUUUCGUCUUCCAUGGACAAAGGUGAAAAGACUUUCUGGCCUCGAAUAGUUCUCAGAGACCCCACACCUGCCGGGGUCCACUCAAGGUGCCAUUUGUGCCAGAGGUGAGGAUUCCACGGUGUUUAUGGAGGGUGGCAGUAAGUGCAGUGGGAGGGAUGGGACAGAAAGUGGGCAGAGACUAAGGAGAUGCCAAACCCAGGGCGGGGGACCCAGGACUGCUCAGAAUAUAUGUGCUCUUGUCUUGGUUCAGACGGGGUGCACCCAGCAGAAAAUCUGACUCUCUCUGUUGCCCCCCCCCAAAAAAAAUGCCAAUUUUGCCAACUUGAUAAAAAGACCAAAUGUGUUA